AUGGGUCAGAAUUAUACAGAGAAUCUGAAACUAGUAAACGAUGGCCUUACUAAUAUGUCUAAAAGCAUUGAUACCCUAGUUACUGCUUUGGAAAAACAACACCUUGAGGAAGAAGAGAAGAACAAGACCAAAGUUGUUGAAAAACGUCAACAACGGGAAGAAGAACGAGUUGCUCAUCAGCAAGAAAUAACUGUGAACAACACAACUUUAACAGAUGCUAUCACCACUAGCAUGACUACGGCUUUAACGACAGCUCUCAACCCUCAGCUUACACGAACUACAACAUCUAUCAACACUCAAUUAACAGCUUCACUUCAUGCUGUUUUUGCUGAAUAUCUUCCUCAGGUGAACACUAAUAAUGGUAAUGGCAAUGGUCCUCAUCCGCCUCCUCCACCUCUACCCCCAACGCCACCUGCUGCCAGAGCCAAUGCAAUCAAUCUUAAAUUUCCUACCUUUGAUGGAGAGGAUCAUGAUGGGUGGAUUUUUAAUGCUGAUCAGUACUUCAGUGUACAUCAAGCCGAAGAUGCUCUUAAAAUAACCAUUGCUGCUUCUAGUUUAAAAGGGGAUUCUAAUGUUUGGUACCGCUGGAAACAAACUAAGCGGUACCAAACUAAGGUCACAAUUGUGACUUGGUUGGAGUUCUGUGCUCAUGUUCGUGCGCGCUUUUCACCUGAGAAAUUUGUUGAUGCUCGUCUGGCCAUUAAUACAAUUAAUCAGGUUAGUACAGUCAGAGAACACAUACCUGCUUUUGAAAAAUUAUUGAAUUUUGUGGAUUUUCCAGAUGACUACUUGAUCAGCUGCUUCGUUCGUUCUCUUAAACCUCAUAUUGGUAGUGUGGUUAAACUACUUGCACCACAAACUUUGAAUGAAGCUUUUACAAAGGCAAUUCACCAAGAAGAAGCUUAUGCAACAGUUCAUAAGCUUCCUGCACGCCAACCUUAUCGUCCCCAUCCACUUCGAGGUGAAGCAUCAACUUCUACUACUCCAAUUAAGAAGCUUACACUUCCUACGGGAUUCUUGCUUUUAGAGAUGGAUCCUACCUCUUCUGAAGACAUCACUGAAAUUGAGCAUACCACUGAAGAUCACCAAGUAAGUGACGAUCUUGUUGUUGUGGAAUCUACUCCAACUAUCUCUCUUAACUCACUUUUGGGUUCUACAUUUCCUAAUACUAUGCGUAUCACUGUUUAUGCCAAGGCUAGACCUCUCACACUUCUCAUAGAUUCAGAGUCUACACAUAAUUUCUUGCAUCCCAGUAGCCAAGCAAUGUGUGGUUGUGAUGCAGUCUUGGGAAUUCAAUGGAUGCGCACGUUGGGAGAAAUUAUUUGGGAUUUUGAAAAGUUGACUAUGCAGUUUAGUAUGAAUGACACAGCCGUUACAUUAACUGGUAACCAAUCAUCAACUGUAAUGAUUAUGAACGUAUCUCCCAUGCAACGUUUAUUAUUUGCAGAAAAUUAUGGAAUUCUGUUGGAAUUAGUUGCAUUAAAUACUUCUGCCGCCAAACAAUCAUUGUCACCUGGAAUUCAACAACUUCUUUCAAAAUUCAGUGAUAUUUUUUCCACUCCAACAACAUUGCCUCCAGCAAGAUUACAAGAUCAUAAAAUUUCCUUAUUGCCUGAAGCUGGACCUGUGAAUGUAUGCCCUUAUAGAUACCCACAUUUUCAAAAAGAUGAAAUUGAGAAGAUCGUGGGUGAACUGCAACAAGCUGGGUUCAUAAGGCCUAUUUCUAGCCCUUUUUCUUCACCUAUUCUUUUGGUUCGAAAGAAGGAUGGCUCGUGGUGUAUGUGUAUUGACUACCGUGCUCUUAAAAAGAUAACCAUAAAAGAUCGUUAUCCAAUUCCGGUAGUGGAUGAAUUUUUGGAUGAAUUAUAUGGUAAGAAAGUCUUUACCAAGUUAGAUUUACGCUAUGGUUAUCACCAGAUUCGUGUACAUGAAGCUGACAUUCCAAAGACAGCUUUCCGCACUCAUGAUGGCCACUACGAGUUUUUGCUUUACAGUGAGACUCUUGAUGAUCAUCUCAAGCAUCUGGAAUUGGUUUUUGAUUUACUGCGGACUCAUAAACUGUUUGUUAAGGAAUCUAAAUGUACUUUUGCACAACAAUCUAUUGGUCACCUUGGACAUUUGAUUUCAUCCGAUGGAGUUUCUGUGGAGCCAGAGAAGAUACAAUGCAUUCUUUCAUGGAAGAUCCCUUCUUCAGUUAAAGAACUUCGAGAAGAAGCAACUGUUGCUUUCAAAUCACUACAACAUGCUCUAACUACUACACCUGUUCUUAUACUACCUGAUUUUUCAAAAGAGUUCUAUUUAGAGUGUGAUGCUUCUGGUGGUGGUAUUGGUGCUGUAUUAAUGCAAUCUGCAAGACCUAUAACUUUUUACAGUAAGCCAUUAUCUGGUAAGAAUCUCAACUUAUCUGUUUAUGACAAAGAAAUGCUUGCCAUUGUAUCUGCAGUAAACAAAUGGAGACCCUAUUUGCUUGGUCGACAUUUCAAGAUUUAUACAGAUCAUAGAAGUUUGAAGUAUUUUUUAGAGCAACGUAUUUCUUCGAUUGAGCAGCAUAAGUGGGUUUCCAAAUUAUUAGGUUAUGAUUAUGAAAUCAUUUAUCGCAGUGGCUCGUCAAACAAGGCUGCAGAUGCUUUGUCUCGACUUGUUAACCCUCAAUUAUUGGCAUUAAGUGCACCAAUUUUUACUGGUGUUCAUGACAUCAUUACAGAAUGUCAUAAUGAUCCGAAUCUACGUGCAUUAAUUGAUUAG